GAAGGCGUUACAGAUGUUACUAUAGCAACCGAAACAAGAUGGCUGCGUUCUUGGAACUGUGGAACAAGAGACAGCAGUUAGUUGAGGCCGUCUGUGAGGCUUGUAGAGAAGCUGAAGAUUGGAGAGAGAAGGAAUAUAAUGCAGCCAUUAAGAUACAGAGCUGGUUUAGAGGCUGUCGUGUCAGAGCAUAUCUUAGGUAUCUGAAUGAGUGUGCAGUAAUAAUACAAAAGACAUACAGGGGACAUUAUGGAAGACGUCAAUACAGAGAAUACCUUAAGGAGUACUAUGAUGAGCUCCAGCAUCAAUUUUAUAGUCACAUGGCAACAAUUAUACAAUCAGCUUGGAGAGGUUAUUAUACAAGAAAGUAUUUAUUCAAUUAUUAUGCUCAAAAGACUUAUCUUGCUGAACUGAAGAAAAAGAAUGAAGAAACAAGGCUGAUUUUACAAGAACAUAAGCAAAAGGAAAUAGAUAGGCAGCUCAAAAGAGAAAAAGAACUUCAAGAGAUUAUGAUUAGAAAAAAGGCUCUGCAGUACCACUACAUGUUGAGUACAGAAUCAUCUCCUGGUGUUUUCAAACAGCGUGAUACUGAAUCUGUAGAUCAGCUUGAAGCACAGAUGAGGUCCAUUCAUUAUCACAAUAACAGUACUGCCUCAAGUCUCACAGCAAGUAGAAGAAGACUGAGACAGAAACACACCAGCCAGCCUAAAAGAUACUGGUCAAAGGAUGAGUCGAGUGGAUCAUUGCCAGCUAUUGAUCUAACUGCUGCUGAUGGUGACUGUAGACUAAGGCACACACUUCCACCUAUAAAUAAGCCUCAGGGUCCAUUCAAGUUACCUAAAGAUGUUUGGCAGAAGAGGCACAGUGUUCUCAAGCCAACUCUACGAACCAGUACAUCUUACUCUUCUGUUGAGCAGGCUAGGUUAGAAUUACAGGACAAAGAAGACCAAAUGAUAGUAGUCAAUGAAAAGUUCCUUCCAUUCACAAAGUCUACAUUUCAAUAUCGUCAUCCUGUUAUGGCAUCUCAGACCUCAUACAUUAGGUUAGCAUAUGGUAAUGAAUACUUUAGAGAGAAGACUCAGGAGCUCAAUAAACAGCGUUUCCAGAGUGUAGUGCCAGGCAUAGCUCUCUUUGAUCAAAUUUAAAACUGUACAGAGUCAAACUUUUCACACACAUUCUCUCACCUUUAAUUAUACAAUAACAGUAAUAGUAAUAACAAUAAUAAUAAAUAAUGAUUAUUAUCAUAAAAAAAUGCAAAAAUUAAUACUAAAGAUUAUUUUCCUAACAUCACAUAA